AUGUACAGAUAAUAACCUACUCAAAAUAAAAUUCUUCAAAAAUAGUGGAACGAAUACGAGAGUCAGAUUCACAACCAAAAAAUAAGAGAAGUUAAGUCAUCUAUUGAUUCAAGAGUUCUUAAGAAGAAUGGCGGCACAAGAAACACUAAGAAGGAAGCCAUUAUGGAAGCUAGGUUCACUGAAAUUGAAAGAGAAAACCAUAUGCAGUUAAGAGCAAGAAGCUUGAAUGGCUAAGCUAGAAGAUAAAAAUUGCUGAAGAUAACGAUUGAAAAUUAGAAUAUACUGAAAAGACUCUAAGAAAAGUAGUCAUUUUAUAAGGUUUCUGAUUGGGAAGGCGACUUCAAGAAGAGAGAAGCAAUAUUAGAGAAGAUGUGCGAGUAUCCAUACAUUUUACAAUAGAGGAGCCCAAAUCAAACAUUUAUGGUUGAAUAGAACAACCAAUCUUUACUUGGAGGGGGGCCUAUGUCUUAGAACAACUCAUUACUAGAUCCAUUUGGAGUCAUGAGUGCUAAUGGAAGUGUUGGAGGAUAAAGACUGCCAAAACUUAAUAAUACAGUCUUAGAUAAUUACAGCACAGCUAAUGGAAGCAAUAGCACCUCCUAUGGUGCUUGGAAUAAAUUGGCUAAGGGUGACUUGGUUGUUCGCUAAGCUAGCAUCUUAGAUGAAAAUCGUAUAGUGCUCUAUAAGCGAGGCAAGCAGAUAGCUAACGGUUAUUAUAUUGUUGAAAUUUCAUCCAAUAAUUCGCAUUUAUUCGUUGCAGCCUAUGAUGUUGAAAGUCCUGAAUCUCUGCUCAUUGAAAUACCAGAAACAAAGGCUCAACAAAUAUUAUAAUCAUUUAAGAAUGAUUAUGAAUAGAUGGCCUCUUGUCUGAAUAUCUCUAAUAAAAGGCUUAUGCUAUUAAAUCCUAAAUAUGCUGCAAUAAAAAGAGCUGUGGUUUCUAGUCAGGGCUCAUAGGCUUAAAUGAACGUUUAUGGUUUAAAUGCUACUGCUAAUAACUUCAAAAUGAAUGAGAGCUUUAAGAACGGGAUAAAUAUCUAGAAUAGCAAUGCAAGAAGUAUAUCAGCUAUGAAUCUUAAUCAAAGACAUCAUAAUCGAGAUCAGAGUUACUAGGAUGGACCGGGAACAAUAGAGCAUGACGGAGGAUUAACCAAUAACCGGCCUUAAACUGAUGCUAAAUAAGAUAGGUAUAGUGGAGUAUAAGCACUAAAGAACAACAGUAUCCUAAAUGGUUCUUCGAAUAUAUCCAGCUUGAAUAAUGUAUUCGAGAAGAGACAUCAAAGCUCAAAUCCGAUAAGCAAUUCUAACAUUCUGUAAUAGCAGUAGAAUUUAAAUAAUACCAAUAAUGUGGUACUUUCUCCUCUGAAUAUAUCAAUUAAUAAUCAUAAAAGCAAGAAAAAUCUGGGAGAUUAAAAUAAUUCAAAGAGCUACAAUAUAUAAGACAAAAGUACAAUGGAUGAAUAGAUGAGGAUGAGUUUCAACUAGACUUAGACUAAUGAAGGCUAGAAGCAAUAGCAUUACAGCAGGUACUAAAAUGAGAAUGACAUAGAAAACUACCAAGAUAUAGUUCAAAACUAGGCUUUUAAUACUAUAGUUUGA